AUGUCUCUAGCCUUGGCGCUUCUGCUGUUGUUGGGCCUGAGCGCCCGUGGAGGCCGGAGCUGCUUGCAAUGCAUCCCCUCGGUGCAGGAGGCCCUGAGCCACCUGCGCUUCACUCUGGUUCCCGGGCGCUUCCACCACGAGCAGCUGCAGGCCCGUGCUCAGGCUCUGCUACUGGGCAUGGAGGGGCCUUUCUUCCGUGACUACGCUGUGAACGCGUUUGUGGGGAAAGUGGGGACAGCCAAACUGGACUCUGUGGCCUCGUUUGUCAAGAAUCAAACAGAGACCUUCAUGGGUGACUCUCUGAGAGAUGAGCCACUGAUGGAACAGCUGGUGACUUUUAGGCAGAAUGUGCUCCUGGAACUCAAGAAAGUUUUGAAAGAAUAUGAAUUAAAAGCCUGCCAUCCCAAAAUUUGCCACGUGUUACAAGAAGAGGUCUUGGACUGUUUCCUUUGCCAGAAGAUCAUUCCCCAAUGUAUCAAAUAUGAUUACUGCUUCGCUCUGCCCACUCAGACCUGGACAUUUGUCCUGGAGGUGAAUGCCCAGGACUCAGCAAUGGCCACUGGGACCUUGACGGCCGAGGGCCAGGAAUCGGUGACCUUCAAGGACGUGGCCGUGGACUUCACCCUGGAGGAGUGGGGCUGGCUGGGGCCUGGCCAGAGGGAGCUGUACCGGGACGUGAUGCUGGAGAACUACCAGAACCUUCUCUCACUGGGGGCAGGGCUUCCUGGGACCAAGCCUGACGUGAUCUCUCGUCUGGAGCGAGGGGAAGAGCCAAAGAUGGAGGAGAGACAAGCUCGAUGGGUUACUUGUUCAGACUUGGAGAAAAGCUCUGUGUCUACUCAGGAAACACCACCAAAAAAAAGCAUUUCUGAAGAGUCAAUAUCCCCACUGGGAAAGAUACAGGGAAUUGUGAGGAGUGUGUUUGGAGAUGUAAAGUUGGGAGAAUCCUGGGCAUGCUGCCGUUGGUUACAGGACCAGGGAAACCAGGAGAAGCCCCUGAGGUGUCGUUUGUUUGCUACUGCCAAGGAAAUCCCCUCUGGAGAGAGAGGCUUUGGCUGCACUGAGCUUGGGAGAAGCCUCAGGCUGACUUCAGCCCUUGUCAGGAAGCAAAGAGUGGCUGGUGGAGAGAGAACGCAGAAAUGGCCUGGGCCAAGAAAGAGCUUGAAAUGCCAAAGGACCUUCGUAGAGAAGAAAGCAUUUCACUGCAUGGAAUGUGGGAAAGCCUUCACUUACCAUUCAGACUAUAUUCUCCAUCAGAGAGUUCAUACCGGAGAGAAACCCUACAAGUGUAAUGACUGUGGGAAGGCGUUCAGCAACAGCUCCUAUUUCAUCCAGCACCAUAUCAUUCACACAGGAGAGAAGCCCUACGCAUGUAAUGAAUGCGGCAAGACCUUCACCCAGAGCUCAUCACUCACUGAACAUCAGAGGAUUCACACUGGAGAGAAACCCUACAAAUGCAAGGAGUGUGGAAAGGCCUUCACACAGAGCUCCUCCCUCAUUAAACACCAGCGUUGCCAUACUGGGGAGAAACCCUAUAAAUGCAACCAGUGUGGGAAGUUCUACUCGCAGCUUUCCCACCUCACCCGCCACCAGAAAACCCACACUGGGGAGAAGCCCUACAAGUGCAGUGAGUGCGGCAAGGCCUUCUGCCACACUUCCUCCCUGACUCAACACCAGACGAUCCACACUGGGGAGAAGCCCUACAAGUGUAACGAGUGUGGGAAAACCUUCAGCCACAGCUCCUCCCUGACUCAGCACCAGCGAGUUCAUACUGGAGAGAAACCCUACGAGUGCUCUGACUGUGGCAAAGCCUUCAGUCACAGUUCUUCACUGACUCAGCAUCAGAGGAUUCACACUGGUGAGAAGCCCUAUGAGUGUAACGAGUGUGGGAAAGCUUACACACAGAUUUCCCACCUCAUGAGGCACCAGAGCGUUCACAUGGGGGAGAAACCCUACAUAUGUAAUGAGUGUGGAAAGGCUUUUAGUCACACAUCAUCUUUUACUCAACAUCAGACGAUUCACACUGGUGAGAAGCCCUACAAGUGCAAUGAAUGUGGGAAAACCUUUAGCCAAAACUCUUCCCUCACACGCCACCAGAGGAUUCACACCGGGGAGAAGCCCUAUGAGUGUAAAGUCUGUGGGAAGUCCUACACCCAGAUUUCACACCUAAUUCAGCACCAGAGGAUUCACACUGGAGAGAAGCCGUAUGAGUGUGGUGAGUGUGGGAAAACUUUCAGCCGGAGCACCCACCUUAUUGAGCAUCAGAAAAUCCACACAGGUGAGAAACCCUAUAAGUGUACGGAGUGUGGAAAGACUUUCAGUCACAACUCAUCCCUCAUUCAACAUCAGAGGAUUCACACUGGUGAGAAACCCUAUGCCUGUAAGGAAUGUGGGAAAGCCUUCAAUCAGAGCAUCCAUCUUAUUCAGCAUCAGAGAAUUCAUACUGGAGAGAAACCUUACAAGUGUAAUGACUGUGGGAAAACCUACACCCAGAUUUCACACCUGAUUCAACAUCAGAAAGUUCACUCCAGUGGCAACCGCUAUGCAUGCAAAGAAUGUGGACAGGGUUUCAGCUGGAGUUCACACCUUACUGAGCAUCAGAGAUUUCACACUGGGCAGAAAACCUAUGUCUGUGAUGAUUUUGACAAAGCCUUUGCUUGGAGCACACAACUGGCUGAACAUCAGAGAACUCAUGCUGACUAGCAAUCUAACCUGAGUGUGUAAUGAACUGGCAGUUUUGCUUUUCAAUUAAGUUCAGCCUUCAUCAGCACUAGUGACUUCCUCCAAGAGAGGAACCCUAAAACUAUAUAUUCAGAUAGAUUUUUUAUUUCUUACAGGGAGGAUGGCACAGUUUACCACCAGCUGGGAAAGCUUCUGAUCACUUUGUGGCUUCCACUCAUGUAUUUCCUCAAUCCUGCAGUGUCCCCAGGCAGUGGUAUGGUUAGGGAGUGGUCUACAUCAGACACAACCUCAUCUUAGAUCUUUAAUAAGGACAGUUAUCUCUGAGCUUUUAAGAUUAGUAAUCAUUCAUUAAGUUGGGGCCUGAAUAU